AUGGAGCAGAAGUAUCUCCAUCGAGCAUCAAGUCAUUCCAACUUCCACCGCGCUCAAGUAAAGAUGCAUUUCUCAUUCUCUUUAUUCGCACAAGCUAGCUUGUUUUUUGGAGCUGUCACCUCCUUAACCAUCAGAGCUUCCAAUGCAGACCAAUCGUAUACUACAAAGAGUUUGACAACCAAAGCUGGGUACACUUAUACUUAUGACUUCGCACCCGCCCAAAACGCUUCCAAACCAACAAUCCUCCUUCUACAUGGCUACCCAUCCUCCCGUCGGGACUGGCAACACCAAAUCGCCUCCCUCACAGCCGAGGGCUUUGGAAUCGUCGCUCCCGACAUGCUGGGCUUCGGCGAGACUUCCAAACCAACUGAGAUCGAAGCCUACAACGGGAAAUCACUUGCAACUCAGCUGGUAGAAAUCCUCGACGCAGAAGGCUUGCAAGAAGUUGUCGGUGUUGGACACGAUUGGGGAGCUGGCGUCCUGUCUAAGUUGACCACUUGGUACCCGAAACGCUUCACUAAGCUUGUGUUCGUCUCUACAUCCUAUUUUGCGGCAGGAAUCCUGUUCGAUAUCGAUGCACUCAACAAACAGGGGCUCGAAACGGUUGGGUAUCAGCCUUUCGGAUAUUGGUAUUUCUUCAAUUCGUGGGAUACAGCGGGAAUCAUUGCGGAUCAUCUUGAGUCCUUCAUCCACCUCGCCUACCACACCAACUCCUCCGCGUGGGCCAAAGACUUCGCUGACCUAGGAGCCGCUCGGGUUUGGCUCAACGCGAAUACUACUACAGAGUCACCUUCUUGGUUUCCUGAAGGAUACAAAGAGCACUGGCUCCGCGAAUGGAGUCAGCCAAACAUCACUGCAUCUUCACUGAACUACUACCAAUCGUUGAUGCGCGGUGUCAAUGCUGCAGACGAAGCUGCACUUACCGAUGAAGACCGCGCCUUGAAUGUACCGGUCCUUGCGAUUGGGUCUGCGCGGGAUCAAAUUGCUCCCCCGGAGGUACAGAGGGCCAUGGUUGAGCCGUGGGCGAAGGCUGGGUUUGAGCAGCAUAAUGUGGAUGCGGGACAUUGGGCCACGUUGGAAAGGGCAGAGGAAGUUAGCCAGCUUUUGAUUGAGUUCGCAGGGUGAAGAAACAACACUCAUUGACUGGUUCUAGUGUGGCUAGCUGGAAAUAAUGUGGAUUUAGUCGAGAAGAAGAGGAUGUAAUAUAAUCAGUUUGAUCAGACGCAUGAAUAACGUUGACCUACAUAAUCUUCAACUCCUCCUUGAUUUUACUAGCCAGCCUAUAACCACAUUUCGCAAUUCACCCUCACUAUAAUAUGGCCCACAUGCCCAAAAAUCAUCAAAAGUCAUCGUCAUAAGAUCACUGGUGCAACAGGCGACAAUAUGUUUUGAAUCAUGCAGCUGUAGCUCAAAUUACUCCUAAGUCUCUCCAAUAAGUGGUUAUAGUGGCAGAUUCGUGUGACCGAGUUCGAAGCAGCUCUUCGUUAUCUACCUCUCACACGAUUUCCCACCAGUUUGUCUCCACUGCGGAUGAGCAAAACACCAAUUUUCGCAAGUCCCAGCACGCCCCUGCAAAUUUUUCCCCUGGCACAUAGUAUCUGGUUUCCCAGUUGACCUGGGGCCCAGUGUGGUAAUGCGCGAUACAUACAUCUUUCUGAGGCUCUAAAGUUUGCGGUCAAAAUAACC